AUGAACCUGGCCAAAGCAUGCUCAGCCAAGCCUGGAAGCAAAGCAGUGAGUCUCUUUAAGUAUGUCAACUCGCCCCAGGCACAUGCAGACGGUGAACGGGACGGUGAAUGGGACAGCAAACGGGACGGCGAACAGGACGGUGAACAGGACGGUGAAUGGGACGGCGAAUGGGAUGGCAAACAGGAUGGUGAAUGGGAUGGUGAACAAGAUGAGAACAAAGAUGAUGACAACAGCAACAAGGAUGACAACAACAAUAUCAAUAACAAGUACAAUGACGAUGAUGGCGAUGAUGGUGAUGGUGACAGCAAGGAAGCCAGCCAACCAGACACUCACCCAGAGGACGUUGCAUUGCCACCAGCAAGAGUUGCUUGUGGCAACACAAGUUCACUGGUUGUUAUGAAGAACUCCUGUGGAGUUAAGCAUACAGGCCCAAGCAUGUAUGACGUGGUGCCGAAGAAGAUGUGCACCAAGUUGGCCUCCAGUGGCUCUUGCGAGGAUUUGGAGGACCUGGAAUCUUCGCUUUGCAGCCAACUGGUGGCAUGGCUAGUGUUGCCAGAGGGCUUGCUGCUGUUGUGUAAGCGCAAGUGUGAUUUGUUGGUCGACGCUGAGACCACGAUGCGACCCCAGCCUCCGGCUGAUGCUGAGCGGUCGACUCAAGGGGAUGACCAGGCCAUGAGUGCUGCAAAGCAACUUGUGCGCCUGGCCAAUAUGCAGCCCAGCACCCAGCAGCCUUGCCAAGAUCUGGAUGAGCUGACUGAGGCUGAGAUUGACUCAGUCUGCAAGCACUCAGCCCCUAGGAAGAGUGGGUGGAAGUGGGUGCUGACUGAAUGCACACUCAAACACGCCCAGCAAUCACCUGCCCCUGCCCACAUCAAUGACAACCUGAAGGUGGUUGAUGGGGACAAGCUCUGCCAGUGGAUUAGCAAUCUGCCCGCCUGGGCUGUUCCUCCGCCUGCAGCCCUAGAGGCUGUGAUCAGAUCUGUAAUGGGCGUGGACGACUUAGAGUGGGACCCCAUGGCGAAUGGAACCAUUGCGCUCAAGUUCGAUACGGAGCAAGUCUGGAUGGCCCGCCGGAACAUCAAGAUCUACAUCGCCUACAGGCCUAGGACGGCAGACGGCGGACGGCGGAUGGUGGACGGCGGACAGCGGACAGCGGACGGCGAUGUAUGGCAGCAGCUACGGCGGACAGCGGACGGCGAACAACAGCCAGGCUAG